UGAUCAUCUCCAUUGGUUGGAACCCUUUUAACUCGAGAGUUGUUGUUAAAUCUGUUUAAUUGUGAUUCUAAUUGUGAUCUAUUAUUAUUGUUAUAUUUUAUUAAUUGUUUCUCUUCAGAUUCUUACUCUCAUCCAAUUUUUGUUCAAAUUCUCACAUUUCUCCUUCUCUAUUUUUUAUUCUCUCAACAAUCAAAUUGUGAUAAUAAAUUCAACAUGAGCUUGACGGCUCUUCAUUCCGCUUCUCAACUAAAUUCUUCUCCUGAACAUAAGAAAAUGUCAUCUGAAGAUGAUUCAUCUUCUUCUCCUGAAUAUUGUCAUUUUUUCGAAGGUACUGAAAAGCUUCUUGAAAUUUGGUUUGAUUGUACUGAUUUACGUCAAUCUGUUGAUUCCAAUGAUCUUCGUUUGAUACCUCGAACAGCUUUGGAAUCCCUUUUGGCUCUUGUUAAAUGUGAAAUAAUCAGUUUCAAGAAGAACGAGCUAAUUGAUGCUUAUGUAUUGUCAGAAAGCUCAAUGUUUAUCUCACGAAAUCGAUUCAUAUUGAAAACCUGUGGAACUACAACCCUAUUUAAUUGUAUUGAACCUUUACUUUAUUUGGUAAAAGAGUUUACUGGAUUCGAUAAGGUAUUGGAUAUCUUUUAUUCUCGUAAAAAUUUUCUUCGACCUGAAUUACAGCCCAAGCCUCACAGUUCUUUCGACAAUGAAAUUGAAUAUUUGGAUAACUAUUUUGAAGAUAGUGCUUCUUACUGUAUGGGCCGUGUUAAUCGAGAUUGCUGGUUCCUGUUCACUUUAAAUCCAAUGGAACCUGUUAAGAUGAUUGAAGGACCUGAUCAAACCCUGGAAAUUAUGAUGCAAAAUUUAGAUCCAAAGGUCAUGAAGUUGUUCACUAGAGAGGUUUGCACAACCGCUAAAGAAGCAACUUCUCGAUCUGGUAUUGACAAGAUUCUUCCUGGAAUGAUAAUUGAUGAUUACCUAUUCGAACCUUGUGGCUAUUCCAUGAAUGGGCUCAUCAAAGGUGGUUACUAUAUGACUAUUCAUAUUACACCGGAACCCCAUUUUUCAUACGUUAGCUUUGAAACUAACUACCCUCAGGCCAACUACCAUGAUUUGCUUUCUCGAUUACUUAAAAUCUUCAAUCCUGGAAAAUUUACUUUAACUCUAUUCGCUAAUGAGCAGAGCUCAAUUGCUGGUGAAUGUGUUCAAGAUUAUCGUUCGUUAACUUUCAAUGGAUUCAUGAGUAAAGAACUUCAAUUCUGCCAUUUCAAGAACUACGAUCUAACUUAUGGGCUAUUCGCUAAAGCGCCAAGCUGAGAAUUAGUUCUUAGGGUUUUUGGAAAUAUUUCGGACUGGGGGUAGGUUGCCCUCUUACACUUUAGCACCAUUAGACAAUUUAGUUUUCAAUUUACUCUUAAAAUUAAUUAAUUAAUCAACCAAUUUGCCUCAUAAAGCAGCACAUAUAUACACAAAAACAAGUCCAAAACUUUCCAUAAGAAACCCUUUGAAAUCUCCAUAUACAUUUACUGACCAUUUAACUGUCAGUCUUUAUCAACAAUUAUCAUCUAUUAAAUAAUUGUAAAGUUAAAUUAGUUCAUUGAUUUUUCGAUUAAACUAUACAUAACAAUACAAAUGAAUGAUUAAAAUUUAAAUUCUUCCAAUCAUGAUUGGCUGAAUAAAACAAUGA